GUAAUGAACCAACUGAAAAAUGGACUUAUUGUGUCGCCUGUGUUAUACUGCCUUGCCAUUGCCCCAUAUGACGUCAUGGAAGUUCGCAAAGGUGCCAUUGAGCAGAGGUACCAGGUCGCUGCACUUGGUUUCGUCGAUGUGGAUGUCACUUCCCAGCACAUACUUGUCGGCCAUGCGAGCCACAGAGACAUGCCACACUUGGCCAUGUUGCAUCGUCUUGAACCAAAAGCACUCGUCUACGCGUGCCAACUCCUUGGGGUUGCAGGUGUUGCGGCCGUACACCGCUCUGGCCUGGGUUGAGUCGUGGGAACUGUGGUUCUUCGCAUAAUGGACGUCAAAGCAACAGACGUGCAUAUCGCUGACAUCAGUAUUCAGUGGAUCCAACAACGAUGUUGUGGGAGACGAUUGCGCGGCGAUAGUCCUUGCUUCGAAGUACCAUCGUUCGAGCGGAG